GCCCUGAUUGCAUUCAUCUGUAUAGAGACCAUCAUGGCGUGCUCCCCGUGUGAAGGCCUCUACUUUUUUGAGUUUGUGAGCUGCAGUGCGUUUGUGGUGACUGGCGUCUUGCUGAUUAUGUUCAGUCUCAACCUGCACAUGAGGAUCCCCCAGAUCAACUGGAACCUGACAGAUUUGGUCAACACUGGACUCAGCACUUUCCUUUUCUUUAUUGCUUCAAUCGUACUGGCUACUUUAAAUCACAGAGCCGGAGCAGAAAUUGCUGCCGUGAUAUUUGGCUUCUUGGCGACUGCAGCAUAUGCAGUGAACACAUUCCUGGCAGUGCAGAAAUGGAGAGUCAGCGUCCGCCAGCAGAGCACCAAUGACUACAUCCGAGCCCGCACAGAGUCCAGGGAUGUGGACAGUCGCCCUGAGAUCCAGCGCCUGGACACUUUUUCCUAUUCACAAACAUAACAGUAAGGGAAAAAAUCACCCACAAGCCCGCUGAGUUUGAAUCACUGGCAGCUUGCCUAGAAAAGUUUAGAUGAUGGGUCCUUGAAUGGUGUAUCUAUUUCAUAGGGUGAGUUUGUUGUCUAUGUUUUUUUAUGCUGAGGCUGUAAUUCAGGUGACUGCUAUCUAGACACCUGGGGUGGCAUGUUUUCUUUGGGAUGCAUAAUACAGAAAGGCCAGGGAGCCUUUGGCUUGGACCCCAGGGAGCUAUCGAAACUUUUGAAGUUUAAGUUUAGGAGUAAGAACAUAUCUCAGACCACCUUAGUCAGCUUUGCUAAUGGGAUUUAGGGCCAGGCCAGAGUUUCUUUUCCUAACUGUUCCUGAAAAGAGAGAUGGUGUGAAACAAGAUUCUGAUAAUGGUUUGUGUGAGACUUGAUCAUAGUCUAAAACUAUCAUGUCUUGAGUUGCCUUAGGAUGACAGUGCAGACACCCAGUAGGAAGUACCCCAUUUUUAUCAGGAAAGUCAGUCACGCGAAGGGAUGGUGAGGAGACGAGGGGAGAGGAGGGAGACUUGGUGCCCUUGCACCAGGGUGAGGCCUGACUCACGCCGCUUCCCCCCACAGGCCCUGCUUUGCUUGCCUGCUUUUUCCGGAGUCAAUUUUGCAAGUUUCAAGACUCUGUUCCCCUCUUUGCAGAAGUGAGGAAGGCAAAUACUCAGGGUUUGAAGAGCGACCUGGCUGGCUCGGGGGCUGGCAGAUGCGAGGGCAGGACACCUGGGGUGGACUAGUAGGCUGGCCCAGGCCCAAAGGGGGCUGCCUGCUCCCAACUCUUUCACUCUGUAACCCAUUUUAAAACGAGUUUUUGAAUCUUGCCUCAAAUUGACCUACUUGGAUAAAAUCAGUGCUUUUCCUAACUUGAUUUUGUUUGACAUGGUUCCCUCUAAGAGAAUGCUAGGAAUUGAAACUAUUUGUAUAUGUUGAAAUUUGUAGGGGUUCAGGAACCCAUGGCAGAAACAUAUUUAUUUACAAGUAUGACUAUUUUUUUUUCAAAGUAGGCAAUUCUGUCUUUGUAUAUUUUAAGGCAAAUAAUCACUUCACCUCUGGUGCCUUCCAUGCGUCGCAUAAGCACUCGUCAAUCAUGGAAUUGGAAAAAAAGAUGUACAUUUAGUUAAGCCAGAUAACACUAUUUUUGUAGCAUGAUUUUAGAUUGUGUCCUUUUAAUAUUGUUUUCAACAAUGGUAGUUUUGAGGUUUUGGCCAUUUUCUCUUUACACUUCGUAUGUAUUUUAAAGAAGAAAAAAACAACAAAAAAAUUCCCUGGCUAUUCCUCUUUCCUGUCUGCUGCUGCUUCUCCCACAUCUUGUUCCUGCUUAUUUAAAUAGUCUGAGAGUAAGAGUAUAUUUCUGUGAAAUAAUUAUAAGUCAGUAUAAUUGCAUUGGCAUUUUUUAACCACUUGCUCAGUUUGGAGCCACUGCUCACCUCAAACAGUACAAAGAAAGUGGUUCCAUAUUUUACAAACAAAAGAGUAGCAUCAGAGCCCUGACCUGUCUUUGGGUGUAAAAUGGUGAAAGGCCGGCGUCUGGCUCCUUCCCCUGUGGUUUGGGCUGGUGAACUGAGCCCAGGUGUAUUCUCUGGCCCGGGCCCCUUCCAGGAUCAGUGCAGGCAUCCUGCAGAGGCGUGGCCUUCCUGCCACUACAGAGUGGGAAGCUUCCCGGGGGACCUCAGCCGGCUCCGGAGCUCUCACCUUCCACUCGGAUCUCGUAUUGGUUCGUUGUGGAUGCUCUGGCUAGGCUUGGUGGCAUAUUCCAGGCUUCAGGCCUGAACAAAACAGGCUGCUUGCUGUGAGGAGCUAGAUGACACCAAGACACAGACAUAUACUCUUUAGCAGCUCCUUUCGCCUCUCCUUCCUGCAGGGCGUGAGUUAUGGCUGGUCCCAAAACCCUUGAAUAAACUAGCUGAGCCAUUGCAAAUGAAGGUACAGAUGGAUUGAAACAUAAAAUCGUAGCUUUUGAUGUCCUUCUGAAGGGUCAGAAUAUGUAAUUAUUUGAUAACCAAGGAAGUCAAGCCAGAUGGCUAAGUAGUAACUUUCCAAUAUGAUUUAUCCGUGGUACUUCACCUGGUGGCACUUUUGGGGGGCAAUAUUAACAACUAUCACAUUUUACUUGUUAAGUCUCUUUCAUUCUGGCAGUUUAAAGACACAACUGUGGGCUUUCUGAGGCAAUGCCCACUGGGCAAACUUAGGUUUAUGUGUUUGGUUUUUCAGCUACAGAAGCCCUGGGUGGGUGCCCCCUGGCUGGCCUGGCUCUCGGCUUCAAGUCUGUAUGUCUGGAGUGGGUUGGGGCCCCAAAGCUUUGCUGCUAUUGAUUUGUCCCCGACAGCAGGCAAAGCCUCACAUUGCCCUCAAUUUUCCCCCUUUCAUUUGAAGGACCAAUUUUUCACGGUACUUGUCUUGAUCUUUUUCAUAGUGUUCAAAUCUGUAUUUUUGUAUGUAGAGGAAAAUAAUUUUCUCAACACUAAUCGUUAAUAACUAUUGUAUUAAAUCGUCAUGAAGGAACUCUUGUUUAAUAAAUGGACGUGUAAGGA